AUGACCCCACCGGCGAAGACAAAGAAGAAGAAGAGCAAGGAUUAUCUGCAACACGACAUUCCUCCUAUCGAUACUGUUGUCGAGGAAGAUAAACUGCAGAAGAAGCUCCUAUUGGCCAGAGAGACUGGCAACUGGAAGCUGGAGGCUCAGUCGUUAAUGCAGCUCGGUCAACUCAUGAAGUGGCGAGGUCAAGAAGAGCAGGGUGACUUGUACCAGAUCCAAGCGUCUUCUAUCCUCCGAGUGCACACAUUCGCCGAAGAAGACGAACACAGCGACUAA